AUGUUGAGAUGUGCGGCAAGUGCAGCCAAGGGUAGAGGCGCUUCGUCUGUUUGCGUGUCGCUCAAUUUCGCUCAUUCAUUCACCACUUUGUCAAUCUUGAAUGCCGCCCCACGUCAAAAGGAAGGUAAGGCCAAGCAAGUCAUGGGUAGGAAAAAUGACAAGCCCAGGGAAAAGGUGAAAAAGACCACAGCGUUGACACCAAAGCAUUUCAGGGACGCGAUUCGGGUUUUGGGUUUUGAAAACUUGGCGCCUUCAUUGACCGGGGUCAAGGACUUGAGCGUGAAUGAGUUGAAAACGGGCACGGUGACUACAUACGCCCAGAAGACAGAGGACAGUUUGAGGGCACUGAAGGCGUUCAAGAAAUUUCAAUACCACGAAAUGUUCAAGAAACCCGUUUCGUUGGUCACGUCCAACACCGUUAAGAUCAACGAUGGCUUUGUUGAAAAAUUAGAGGGAAACUCGAUCGAUAAUCGAGUUUAUCUCGAUGGUGCCAAGGGAUGUGGUAAAUCCACGUUAAUGAAUCAAGCUAUAGCAUUGGCGCUUGACAAAUACGACGGCAAGGUCAUUGUUUUGCAUCUACACACGGCCGAGUUGAUUGGUAAUGGAUCCUCGGACUAUUUCCGCAACGAGAAAUUGGGAUUGUACCAGCAGCCAAUGGCGACCAAAAGAUGGCUAACUUCAAUUCUCGCUUCGAAUGCAGCGCUAUUCAAGACUUUGAAACUCACCGAGGACGUGACAUUUGUUGAGAAAAAGAAGGAGGUCAAGAUGAGCAAGGGGAAGCAUUCCUUGUAUGACUACUUGUCGACGAAUCGGGAGAUCAACAGGGGUCAGCCAACGAUGGCUUUCCAAUUCAUAAUGAGGCAGAUUCAAGAGCACUCCAAGAGCAUACCUGUGCUAUUAGCUAUUGACGAUUUCAACACCAUGGCCGAUCAACCAAUCACCAAAUACUUUGAUCGCGACCACGCGCCUAUUGAUAUUCAAGAAUUCGAAUUGGCAGAUUACAUACUAAGAUAUGUUAGUGGAGAAUCCCGAUUCGAACAUGGUGGUGUUUUAUUGGGCAAGUCGCAGGAUGUGUGCCCCGAUAGGAAAACCGUGCAUUUGGCCGUGUACCAAGACCCCAAAGUCGAUCCCUAUUUGAAGAAACCAAAGUUGGAUUUGGAGUUGGCCAAGAGGAUGGUGCAAACACACAGGAUUGAGCCAUUUAGGGUGGACCCAAUGACGCAUGAGGAAGUUAGGGCGUUGAUGUCGUUUUGGAGAGACCAAAAUGUGUUGCUUGUAAGAGAAAGCUUCCAUAAAAAGGACUUUUCCAUAAACUCUGCGACUACUGCCACCGCCACCACAACCACAACCACAACCAACAACGGCGAUCUCCCAGCUGAAAAUCCGAAAGCUGAAUUCGACGCCGACGAGCAGUUUGAGAAAAUCUGCAAGUCCAGCUACGUGAUAUCACAGGGUAACCCCCACGGACUAAUCAAACAAAACUUAUUAUCCUACUAA